AUGAGAAAAAUAGAGAACAACAUUAUGAUGACGUCAAGACAACGCUUUGAGUCUGCUGGUGGCCGGGGCCUACGCGUGCCUCGUUGCUUGCUUCCAGUGCUUUUCCCCGGGUGUUUCGUCCAUGCUGCAAUCUUACCAUCAGGAGCUGCAGCAAGGGAAAUUGAUGCUACGGUGGAUGCAACAUCGAAGGACAGGAAUACAAUUACACCUUCGUCUACAAAGAGGGACAGGAGUACAGCUACACCUUCGUCUACAAAGAGGGACGCUUGCUUCCAGUGCUUUUCACCGGAGGACAGGAGUACAGCUACACCUUCGUCUGCAAAAAAAGUUGAAAAAACAAUAGGCCUCUUACGACUUGGACGAAAGGAAAGUUCGAAAGAUUCUCUGAGUGGUCGUGGAAGCGAAGGGAGCAUCGCUACAACAACAGAGGGGUCUGGAUCAGACGUAGCAGAUACAACUGGACAUGGCAUAACAGAAAGCUUAGUAGUUCGAUUUUUCCACGACCAGAGUGAUCUUCCAGCAGCAGGAGUUGUACUGGGUGAUGAACAAGAACCAGGAGUGGGAGUGGGUGAGCAAGAACCAGGAGGAGUAGGUGAACGCGGAUUGCCUGAAACGCUGAUUGAAGGUGAAAAGGGAUUGCCUGAAGGUCUGAUUGAACGCUUGAGUAUAGCAGCAGAGCCAGCAAAUGUCGAUGAUCUUCAUGCUCGUCGAGAUGCUGUAGAUCCAGCUCCAGAAGACAAGAAAGUAGCUGGAGGCGAAAUAAAUGUCUCACAGCGGGGAUCAUCGGGCAGAAGAAGAACGAAGACCAGUAGUCCGUCUUCCUCCUCUUCAGCGGCCACAGGAGUUCAGGAUUCCGAGGCUAUUAAGGAUAAUGGCAUUGAGCGUGAGCGUAUAGUUAAGGUUAGGUUAAAGGAGCUUUUUUACCGUUUGUUAUGGCUCUCCUAAGGGGGACAGCCAUAACAAGCGGGACAAACGCGCACCAAAAACCUACCUCGAAAAUAUAGACUGACAGCAAGAAAGACAUUGAAAUCUUCCACGACAUUGAAAACCGGUGAUACUGUAGGUGUAGGUUAGUAAGAAAGUGGUUGACCACUUAGAAGGACGUCGAAAGGGCGUAGUCUUUUCUAAGAGCAACGUCGACGUUGAGAUGGAUGAAGAGGAAACAGAAGCACCUGAUGCUAGUUCGCGGAUGCCAAGUGCCGGUUCCGCAUUAUCAGGGAAAAGCCGCUUGCUUUCUCUGGAAGCAACAGUAUCUUACGGCUACUCGGCUCAGUGUAGAUAUGAGAGUGCAGAGGAAAUGCUCAUAUGAUGCUCCUUCUCCUAGUAGGUCAAUGAUGUUGAAUCUAGUACAUUUGCAAGUAGCAUUGCCACGACUUCUACGUACCAAUGCGACCAUGAGGAACACGGAAGGUCUUCUACAGUACUACGUAAGAUGCCACCAUGAGGAACGUACCAAUCAUGCCACGACUUCUUCUACAGAGAGUCGAUUAUUGAGACUGAUCAGGAGCUCGUCCUCCCUCUAACUACAUGGACACGCACAAGCAGCUGGCCACGUCCGGAGAGGACAACCGCAAAAUGCCACCAUGAGGAACACGGAAGUUGCGGAGACAAGACUCGAGCAAGACGCCAGCGUAAGGACUAGUGCCAGUAGUGUCACUGAGCCUAGUGUCACUGAGCCUGAUACUCGUUGUCUCCCCAUGGGUAUGCGGACGCCUAGCAAAAGCCGGAACUUUCUGCUAUUUGAACAAAAUAAGCUGCCUUUAUUUUAAGCUAGACUAGCGGGUAGAACUCGUCAGGGAAAUCUUAGGCAGCUCGCCGAAUAGAUUCAAACCCUCAAGUGUUAUCGUUGAUGAUGUGACCUGAGCGUGAACCUCUCUCAGUCUGAGCAAAGCGAUGUUGACAUCGUCGAAUGUAUGAUCGUCGAAAGUAUGCAGUUAUGAUUUCAGUCUUGCAGGGAGGUCUUUCUGAGUAUCUCUUUUCGUUUCUUUCCUACAUUAAAUGUGAAGAAACCGACACCGAGAUGAAUCUGUCAACUUAAUUACUAGAACAAAGCGUCAACUUACUAGAAUAUAGCGUCAACUUACUAGAAUAAAGCGUCAACUUACUAGCAUUUAAAGCGUCAACUUGUUACUACUACUACUAGAAUAUAGCUGCUGCAAACAUUUGUCGAAAUCUUACGAUCAUGAUCUACUUGAAGCUAAUAAAUAUACUUGAUGUUACUAAUUCUUGUUGUUCUUCCACCGUCGAUACUCAUACAACCUCUCUAGAUCUAAGAUAAAUAUCUCAAUAAACGACCACUCUCGAGGACGCACGACGAUCGCCUCGCAGGUAUUUAAUUCUCUCUGAUUUGCAUCAACCAGAACCAAGCAUGUGAUGUCUCUGUCUGUUCAAUCAAGAAUACCUCCUUUGAAGGCUUCUCCCAGAACCUUCUCUCUGCAUUAUUUGCGAUCUACUUAGAUUUACUGCAUGAAUGAAUGUUGUAAAAAAUAACCGAGGACAUUUCAUCUUCUAUUCUAGUGAGGCGGUAGGGUCACUAGAAUAGCCUCAUAAUGUUGAAGUAUUCUAGUGAUAAGAAUAAUAGCCUCAUAAUGUUGAAGCUUUUUCCGGUGAAUCAACAUUGUUCGGCUUACUGCGAGAGCG